CUGAAAGAAACGAACUCUUCUUUGUUUCCGUUGGUAGAAGAAAGGGAAGAGAUAUAUAGCUAGCUGCCGUUGAUACUCCCCUAGCUUGCUUUCGCUUUUUCCACCGAUCGAGAACCAAUCUCCAAAUCGAUCAAGAAAUGGCCGAGGCACUCGUCAACCUUCUUGUUGAAAAAUUGGGUUCAGUUGUUUACCACCAUACAAGUGAAGGGGUGAAACUGGUUUUGAAGGCUAAGAAGGAAGUUGACAAGUUCAGAAGCACCCUCAAACUUAUCCAGAAUGUGCUUCACGAUGCGGAGAAGAAGCAAGUGGAGGAUCCAGCUGUGAGAGACUGGUUGGAUCAGCUCAAAGACCUGACGUACAAGAUGGAUGACGUACUCGACGCUUGGAACACUGAAAUUGGGAAACGAGAAGCUGAGAAACAAGAAACACAAGGUUCUGAUGUGGAGGUACGUUUCUCAUUUCGUUCCAAUUGCUUUUGUCUUGCUCGAUUGAAUGAGGUAACUCGUCGUUAUAAGAUUGGUAGUGCAAUAAAAGAUCUGAAUGAAGAGUUAACUCAGAUUUACAUUGACAAAAACAAGUAUAGCCUUCAACCCACCAUGCAUGCUGCUGCAGUUAAUGCUGAACAACCUAAUCCACGAUCUUUAACUUCAUCUCUCGUUGAUAUAUCGACCAUAUUUGGGCGACAAGUUGAAAAAGAGAGGCUGGUGAGUGAGUUGUUAAGGGAAGGGAGGCCCGGCCUUGUCAUCCCCAUUGUAGGGAUGGGAGGAUUGGGGAAAACAACUGUGGCCCAAUUAGUCUUUAACGAUGCACGAGUUCAAGCCCAUUUUGAUAUCAAAGCAUGGGUUUGUGUCUCGGACCCUUUCGAUGUCAUCAAGAUUGCAAAAGCAAUCUUUAGGCAACUCGGUGGUACUCAAGUUACUUCAGACGAGUUGCAAACGAUAUUAGCUGGUAUUCAGAAUCUCGUCAAGGGACAAGAGGAUGAAAAAGAAGAGAAAAAGGAUGAAAAGGAAAAGAAGAUCCUUCUUGUCCUUGACGAUGUGUGGACAGAAGACCACAGAGAGUGGGAUAGUUUAAAAUUACCAGUAUUAAUGCAAAGUUGUGCUGAAGGCAGUAGAAUUGUGGUGACCACUCGAAAGCAGGAGGUUGCUCGAAUUAUGAGAGCAACCAGUGACAUGAUCAAUUUGGAAAGGUUGAGUCAUCUGGAUUCCUUGAAACUAUUCAAUAGUAUUGCAUUUCUGGAUAGGGAAGAAGAUAAGUCCAACAAGUGGUAUGGAGAUAUUGCUGAGAAAAUUGUUAGAAAAUGUGACGGUUUGCCUUUGGCUUUGAAGACUUUAGGAAGUCUCCUAUUGCAUAGGCAGACAAUCAGAGAAUGGGAAGAAGUUCUCAACAGUGAGAUAUGGAAUGUAAAAGUUGUCCAAGAAGAAGUUUUUCGACCAUUAUUACUCAGUUAUUAUGAUUUGGCUAUGGAGGUUAAGAGUUGCCUUCUGUAUUGUGCUACUUAUCCUAAAGGUUUUGAGUUCGGCAAAGAAAUUCUUAUCGAGCAGUGGAUGUCACAAGGCUAUUUGAAUGUUGGAGAAAACGAAGAAGAGGCAACAAAAGGUAGAGAAGUUUUUACUAAGUUAGCAAUGCUAUGUUUCUUACAAGUUUUCAGGCAAGAUGCACUUACCAAGGAAAUUAGAGGCUGCAAGAUGCAUGAUACUGUGCAUGAUUUUAUACAAUAUCUUAACCAAAAUGAGUGUCUUACUGUGGAGGCUACGGGUACCCAUGGAACAGAGACAUCGAGUGCAAAUCAUAGGGUUCGCCAUUUGACCUUAAUGUCAGCACCCGAGGGUCCAAUUCCAUCUUUGAUAUCAAAAUUAGCGAAUAGCAAAAUUUUACGUACCCUAGCAACUUUUGAUUCAAGAAUUACAGCCAUUGACUCGGAUUUGAUUUCACAGUUGAAACGUCUCAGGAGUUUGAAUUUGAGUCGCAACAACAUUCAUCAGUUGCCAGAGGAGAUUGGUGAUUUGAUACAUUUGAGAUAUCUUGAUUUGUCUAGGAAUGGUAAUUUGAGGAGAUUACCCGACAACGUUUGUAACUUGUACAAUCUGCAAACCUUGAGGCUUGCUUACUGCUUGAGCCUUGAAAAGUUACCCGACAAUAUGGGGAAGUUGAUUAACUUGAAGCACCUUCAUGUUAAGGAUUGUGGUCGGCUUCAGUGCUUACCAAAAGGGAUUGGAAGUAUAAGGAAUUUGCGAACAGUAGACGGGAGGCCAUCUGUUUAUUGUAAUGACGAUGCCGAAGCAUUCAAAUUUGGAGAUCUGAGAAUGAUGAAUCAGCUUCGCCGUCUUGACAUCCGUAUCUCAAGGGUCGGGGAAAAUGCGGCAAGUGAGGCCGAGAAAGCAGAAUUGAAUCAAAAAGUUCAUCUUUCUUAUUUACGUCUUAUUGUGUGGAACCUCAGCGGCAACGACGCAGAUGCUGCAGUAAUGAAUGCCUUGCGACCACAUGAAAAUUUGGACUCUUUGGCAAUUUGGUUGUAUCAUGGCCCCACCUGGCCAAAUUGGAUGACGACUUCGUAUUUAACCAGAUUGACUGUCUUUCAUCUUUGUUACCGCCACUCCUCUGUUUUGCCUCCUCUCGGGAAACUGCCGUCCCUUAAAGUAGUAAAGCUACAUUGGGUGCUUGAUCUGGAAGAGAUCGGAGCUGAAUUUUACGGAGUAGAAGAAGAAACAUCAUCCUUCCCAAGUUUGGAAACACUCUAUCUUGGCGGCUUGCCGAGUUUAGCAAAGUGGGAAUUAGGUGGAAAGGCAGAGAGUUCUUCUAAUUCCCAAAUGAAAUCAAUUUCAAUAAUGCCACGCCUUUCUUCCUUGCAUGUUGUGGAGUGUCCUAAACUAAAACAACUGCCAGACUUCCUCCUGCAAAAUGCACGACUGCAGAAUCUUCUCAUCAAAUAUUGUCAGAGCCUUCCUGCCAGCCUUCCUGACGAGUUCAUCUCUCGCAUCCCAAACGUCACAAUUGAAUAUUCGGGAGUUGAUCCCCUUUUCAAAGGAAGAAAAAUAGAUACUGUAAAGUAUUAAUUUGCGGAAGCCAAACUAUUCUGAUAAUCGCUAUCCCCGACGUACUGACGUUACUUAUAGUCGACCAAGUUAAAGAUUUCAAGCACCCUAUCGCAGGCUGUUCAAACCUGCCUCAAGUUUGCAGUGGCUAGAUUGCCCAAGACAUGAUGACACUUAGGUACCCUUAAGCAUGACCGACUCAUAAUCACAAUGAACAUUGAAGUUAACAUAAAUGUGAUCAGCUCCAACUUGAGAAAUGAAUUCCGUCUUGAUCAACCCAUUCUAUGCACUCGGGAAACCUGGCUUGCAUUGAGGCAUCCAUUUGACUGAUUGAUGUGCUUUUCAUGAUUCUGUCUAAAUUUUAGGUCAUUUAUCAUUCUGUAUCUGAAGUAACCCUUUGUAAGAUUUGAAAAAGGUUGAUGAAUGCUAGGAUUAUAGUACACAGUUGCACCAAUAAGUUAAUGAAGGUUUCCAGUCGUGGACAACUCAAUGAACUCUCAUAUCGGGAGAGAACUCAUGUGUCUAUUCUAUCUUCAAAUUUAUAAAACUUGGAAUCUUAUUUUUCUAAUUGUUGAUGUCAACGUACCAAUGUAUACAGUUGCCCAAUCUAUAAUGUUGCAGGUCCAUAUAUAGUUUCACAAGUUCCUUUUGUUAUGGUCAGGACUGUCCCUUGAAUGAGAAUAUGAACACAAUGGGACCUCCAUAUCAAGAGGAUAAAAGUAUCACAUCAAUUGAUCAUCAUCAAGGGUCUUGCUUUUUAAGGCAAUUACAGAAGCCGAGAGCAUACUCGAGGGUUGAAGAUCUUACUGGUUGCUUAUGAUACUUUUCUGCCUCUUCCAAUAGUACGGGCUCAGCAUUCAACUCCUGAUCAAGGGCAUUUGAAUUUACAAUUCUGGUUUCAUUCUUCAUUUUGCAAAAUAUAGUGUAUAUUCUGAAGUUUGCAGUUGCUGGAGUUCUCAAGACCUGAUGACACUCUGUAGCGGAAAAAAGAUGGAAGUGGCAGUGUGACCCAUAGUCUCAUUCGCUCUACUGUUAAGUUUCCAAAUGUCCCCUGAGAAAUUUGGCCCUUCCUUGACAGAGAAUCAAAUUUAGCUGGAGAAGUAGUAUAUAUAUCAUAGUGGUAACAAAUUUGCCUUAAAUUGAACAACAUGGAGUUUCACUUUUCCCCUCUCUUUAGUAAGGACCUGUCUGAAGCAGUGGUGCAGUAGCAAGUAGCAAGGAAAACAGUUUACGAUUGUCAUCCAUUUGAACAGUGGAUGAGGCUUACCUAAAGUAGUUUAUAGCAUGGAAGAGAGGGCAACGUGGAUGUGACCCAAACUGAUCUCAUUCAAAUUCACCAAAAGGACAAAUGAUGUAGGGGAUGUUCAAUGAAGGUUGCGGCUCAAAACAGCUUGGACAUGGUGGAAACUGACUUGGAAAUCCUGUUGGAGUCCAGUGGAAUCAAAUUCUAGAUAAAAAGAAUCACAAAAAAGCGGAAGAACAGCAUGACACGGGCUUCAUCAGCAGUGGAAGCUGAAGUCCAAAAGGCAGAAAGGGGUCAGACCUCAAAAUAGCAGUGAAGCAGCAUAACAUGACACUCAGGAAAUGUAGAAGCAUGGAGACUCCAAAAUUACAUCGGAGUUGUCAAGCUGGUGAUUAAUCAUUAAUGAGAUGAGAGUCUCUUUCAUCCUGUUAGAUCGGAAGGCUGCUGUAACCUAGGGUCGUUGUUCUUGGUGGGUUGUUUGUGUAGCUCUGUGCCCUUGUAGACUUCUUGUCCUUUGACUGAUUGGUGAGAUGGGAUUUAGUGGCGUGAAAGAGAGGGACGAGUCUAUAUGACCAAAAGUCUCAAUCAAUUCGCUUCCAGGUUCUGCCAAUUAAGUCCAAAGGCCUUAUGAGAAAAUAUUGCAAAGUCAUGCUCAUGCUCACCCCUCAAAGUUGCAGUGGCUGGUUUCCUCAAAACAUGAUGACUCUCCCAUACUCCUCAUGCUUUGCAAUAUGUCGCAUUUCGUAUACAAUAUAUCUCCUAUACACAUAUACCUUGUGUAUCUGGUAUAUACAAAAUAUCAAACCAAGUUUAUGAGCAGGCCAGGCUGAUGCAGAAAGGAAUUGAAUUGGUGCUGGCAAGCUGAUUAGUGCUAUGAUUUUGAGCUGCAUUUUGGAAUCUAUUUGACUGACCAAUGUAGGCGCUAUUAGAUUUACCUGGGUGUUCAAACCCGCCUCAAGUUUUCAGUUGCUGGAUAUAUCCCAAGACAUGUGAACCUCAGCAUAACUGACUCAGAAUAGUUGUCCAGUUGGCAGCUGAUUAAUGAGGUUCUACAAAUGGAGCAAAGGAGGAUUGUCAAGCAGUGAUACACCAUUUCGGAAAUUGUCUUGCAUCGUCACAUCCAUUUGACUAUUGAUGUGCUUUUCACAAUUCUGCCAUAAGUAUAGGACUUGUCUGAAGAAGUGAUGCACUAGCAAAGGAGAACUGUCUAGUAUUCUUUCAUCCAUUUGAUCAGUGGAUGAGGAUUACCUAAACUAGCUUGGAAGAGGGGAAGGGUGGAUGUGACCCAAACCGAGCUGACUCAAAUUCAACCAAGGGACAAAUGAUGUAGGGGAUGUUCAAUGAGGGUUGCAGCUCAAAAUAGCUUGGACAUGGUGAAAUCCUGAUUGAAGUUGAAUCCUGUUGAAUCUAGUGGAACUAAAUUCAGGAGAAGAUUCACAACUGAGAGGAACAGCAUGUCACGGGCUUAGUCAAGCUAAAGUCCCAAAGGCUGCAAGGUUUUAAUUUCUUCUUUCACAAGGAGAGGGGACUUGUUCUAGUAGUACUAGGAUUGUGAAGAAUCUAUAGAUUAUUUAGGAAGAGAUGCUUCCCUAAGAGAUUUUACUUUGAGCGGAAUGCUUGUGAGGUUUUUCUUGGGUGUAACUGGGGCUCUCUAUUGAGAGGGGUUGAGAGUCGAGUGGUUUAUGAUUGUAACCUUCUUUAUUAGUUUAUUCAUCAUCAUCAUGGUCGCCCGAGGAUGUAGGCAAUUUGGCCGAACCUUGUUAAAUUAUUGUGUUUAUUGUCAUGUGUUG